GGUCGACUACUUGCCGGAUUUCCUACUUGCCGCGCCGCAAAGAGCGGCAAAUAGGAAUUUCCGCUGCGUCCUCCGCGUUGGACCGCUCAUACACGAGGCCGCGUUGGACCGCUCAUACACGAGACACGCCCGCACCACGGCGGCGGAGGCGGCGGCGGAAUGGCGCCCCCGGCGAUCAGGCAGCCGACGUACAGGAUCCUCUGCAAGGCCGGUGAGGAAAGCUUCAGCCUCGCCGCCAGGGACGGCAAGGUCUGCCUCGUCCGCACCGAUCGCGACGACGACACGCAGCACUGGAUCAAGGACAUGAAGUACAGCAUAAGGGUGAAGGAUGAGGAAGGCUACUCUGCCAUGGCACUCGUCAACAAGGCCAGCGGAGAGGCGCUCAAGCACUCCCUCGGCCAAUCUCACCCUGUUCUUCUGACCAGGUACAAUCCAAACACCCUGGAUGAAUCGGUCCUCUGGACCGAGAGCAGGGACGUCGGAGAAGGCUACCGCUGCAUCAGGAUGGUGAACAACAUCUACUUGAACUUUGAUGCACUCCAUGGUGACAAGGACCAUGGCGGUGUGCGCGAUGGAACCACCCUCAUUCUGUGGGAGUGGACUGAGGGCGACAACCAGCGCUGGAAGAUCGUUGCCUGGUGAACGAUGCAUAUGCUACAGUUUGUUGGGCGCCCUCUUAAUAAUAAGCAAGUACUGAAUGUUUCUUGAAUAAAAAGGAUGGCGCCGACGUGAGCCGUGUUUCUGUUUUGUUUGAGCAGUUAUAUAAUUAAUGAACAUGUAAUGAUGGAUUUAUUGUCGUAGAUUAUGUGUGAUGGAUGCGUGAACAAACCAGUGUUUGUUAUUAUGCAUGUAUAUACAUGCCGUGUGACAUGUUUGUGAACUAUAAUAGAAUUGGUUUAUCCAAUCAUAUUGUUGUAACGGAGAUCUAUCUAUAUAUCUUAGUUUUUGGCAGUUAUUCAA